AUGAAGUUCUCUCAACUUUUAUCACAUUUCACCUUUAUGUCAACUGCAUUGGCUGUCCCCAAUGAAAUAUCUUCUAAGCAUCAUGAUCAACAUCCUAACGAGAAACGUGGUGUUGUAGUAGUCACAGAAUACGUUGAUCAAGACGGUAAAGUUGUGAUCCCUCCUGAAAGUAUCGUGUCAGCAACUACUUCUGCCGCUACCAUUACCAAUACUGACACAAAUAAACAGACUACGACUACAUUAUCCCCUGAUGGGGCAACUCCCACUUCCACAACAGGUUCAUCCACAACUAAUAAUGCAGCUAAUGGUAUCUUCAAAGAUGGGAUUUACAAAUGUUCUGAAUUUCCAUCGUUCGUAUCUGGUGUUAUACCAGUGGAUUGGAUCGGUCUAGGUGGUUGGUCAUCUAUUCAAGAUUCAAACGGCCAAACAGUUACAAGUUGUGAAGACGGCAUGUAUUGUUCUUAUGCAUGUGAUGCUGGGCAAGUUAAGACCCAAUGGCCUGAGGACCAACCAGAUAAUGGUUCCUCUCUAGGUGGGCUGUAUUGUAAAAACGGUUAUUUGUACAGAACUAAUACAAACUUCGAUCACCUAUGUGAGGAUACUAACAGCCAAGUCACUGUGAUAAAUAAUGUGGAUAUUGGAGAGGUCGUUUUGUGUAGGACUGAUUAUCCAGGCUCGGAAAACAUGGAUAUCCCAACUGUGGUUGGUACUGGUCAAUCACAACCACUAGCUGUGAUCGAUCAAGACACCUAUUAUAAGUGGAGUGGAAAACACACUUCUGCACAAUAUUAUGUAAACAACGCUGGUGUCUCAAAGGAAGAUGGCUGUAUCUGGGGGGACCCUCAAUCUGGAGUCGGUAAUUGGGCUCCUUUAGUGAUAGGUGCAGGCAAGGCUAAUGGUCUAACAUAUAUAUCCUUGAUUCCAAAUCCAAAUACUGAUAAAGGCGCCAAUUUCAAUAUUAAAUUCAAAGGGGAUGAUUUGAACGGCAGCGAUAGUUGCUCGUAUAUUGAUGGUAAAUUGUCUUCCACCGACGGUUGUACUGUAUCUGUUUUAUCUGGUUCUCUUGAAAUCAUAUUUUACUGA